AUAGAGAGAGAGAGAGCCGCUCGACCACCCCGCCCAAAUCUCACGACGAAAACCCUAGCAAUCCCAAUCCCUCUCCAUUCCAUCCCUCUCUUUUCCCCGAUUUCACUCUCUCCUUAUCCCCAUUUCGUUAUCCUUUGAUGUUUCUCUCCCCUUUCUCCUCACCAUUAGCCCUUCGCCAUUCUCUCAAUCGAAUCCUAGCACCGUUGUUUGGGUUUCAGGCGAUCUGUCGGUUUCCCUAAUUUGGCUGAUCACAUAUUUGACAACUUUCAAGUCUGUUAAUCUGCAACUGGGAGUCAUGCUAUAUCGUACUCUCCCAAUUUUGUUUCUGCUAAUUAUCAGCUUGGGAUGGUUAGAAAUGAUGAAAGAUUUGCUGCUCGGAUUUGUAAAUCUUCAAUCAUGGGUUGUUUCUGUGAAGAGUUGCUAGCUGCUCAAUAACCAGCGCUCUUUGGCUUUUGCUUUUUUUAUUUUUUUUUAUUUUUCUGUUUGUCUAUUUUCCUAAUAUAGGAUAGUGUAAUCGGAGGAUUUGUGUUUUGACUUCAUCCCAGUUUUCUAUUGCUUUCUGCAUAGAUAACUAAACAAAUGUCAGAAAGCGCAAUGGCAAUUAUUAAACCUGAGGCUUUGAAAUCAUUUAUUUGGUUGCAAAUGGGUGAUGGGUCCUUGCAGCAAAUAGAAGAGGAGGUUGCCAUGUUCUGCCCCAUGAUUUGUCGAGAGAUUGCUCAAACAGGCAUGGGAUCUUCGAAGAACUAUCCGAUCUCCCUGCCACCAAGAGUAAAUCCAUCCUCCCUUAGUUUGAUCCUAGACUAUUGCAGGUUUCAUCAAGUUCCUGGUCGUUCCAACAAGGAAAGGAAAUCCUUUGAUGAGAAGUUUGUCAAGAUAGACACAAAGCAAUUAUGUGAGCUGACUUCUGCUGCUGACAGCCUCCAGUUGAGGCCUUUGGUUGAUCUCACUAGCCGUGCCCUUGCACGCAUGAUAGAAGGAAAAACUCCUGAGGAGAUACGGGAGACUUUUCAUUUGCCUGAUGACCUCACUGAGGAGGAGAAAUUAGAACCAUUGAAGAAUCCAACUGAUGAUCCACGGAUUCGAUUAUUGAAUCGACUUUAUGCCAAGAAAAGGAAAGAACUGAAGGAGCGUCAAAAGUUGCAGGUUACCUGUAUAUUUAAAAUUGAUGUGGAAGUUGAAGAGAGGGUGGAUGAUCGUUCAGUUGAUGAUCUUCUAUCUUUCAUAAAUGGUGGUCAUCAGGCUGAUUCAAAAGGUGCAAGAUCUGCCAAGAAUAAAAAGAAGAAUAGGAGGAGGAAAGAUCAGUCAAAUGAUUCUUCCGCAGAUGCUACCAAUGAAACUCACAGAAAGGAUGCACCGGAUCAUUCUACCUUAUCCCAUGAGGUUGAUGUCAGCUCAUCCAACAGUCCAAGCAGACACCCAAAAACACAAGAAAGUCCUGAAGAUGCUUUGACUUCGAAGAUCAGCUUUGAGGAUCCUGAUAUUGAUGAUGAGCUUGACCCUGAGAUGAAGGAAAGGCUUGAUAAAGAGGUUGAAGAUUUUGCUCGGAGAUUGAAUUCUGAUUGGCCUGAAAGGAUGCAGGAAAUUCUCUCUCUAGGCCAAGAGAGAAAAUUUGUCCCAAACUUAAUGAAUGGAAAUGGUUCCCUUCGGAGAUACACAGAUAAAUAGGAGACACGUUUUGCUGCAGUCUUGUUCGAGGGCUUUCGCAGAGAUUGGGAAAACAAAAUUGCAUUCAGGCGCAGAGAAAAACCUUGUAACUGCAUUACCAACCACCACCUCCUCUGUUGAAUGCUCUCGAACGCGCUGACAGUUAUAUCAAGGAGUGCGGUAAGCUGCUCAGGUGUUUCUAUAAGAACAUUACAAUCUGGAAUAGAGGUUCUUGUGAAACUUUUGUUCAGCUGGGUAGGCACUUGCUUCCCCAGCCAAGUGCAAUUGAAGAUAUGAAAGUUUUCCUGGGGGACUAUGUUUCUUUCAAUGCAUCUCCUCCAUUUCAGCUGGUCAAGCAUCAACAGUAAUGUUGGGUACUUAUCUCAAUAAUUUUCAUUUUUUUACUUUUUGUUUUUGUUGUUGUUGAAGAGGGGUUGUAAGAGUUUGCUGUAAACAUCUGCAAUAAUGCAUUCGGGGUUUUCUUCCUACUGCA